GAGAGGUUUAGGGAAAUGCAAAAAAAGAAAAUGAAAGCGGGGGUGUGCUCUAUUUUGAAAAUUCAAUCCUCGGGGCUAUCGCUCUCACAGUUAAUUAAGGUUGAAUCUCCGGUGCAUCUGGAAAAAGGCUGCAGCUCUGCGCCCUCGCUGCGCCCACCCGCGUCGCUUGUCGGGAGAUGCCGGGCCCCAGCUGCUGCCUGCCGCUGGCUGGGCAGGGGACAAGGGGCAAGCUUAGCCGAGGGGAAGAAAUCCGGCUUCCAGAUCCUUUCAUACUCCGGGAGGGAGCCUGGGGAAGGGAGUGAGGGGGAAGAGGAGGCACAGUUGCAGUUAUCCACAGAACCAACGGAAAAGAUGAUUUAAAAAAUAAACUAGGGCCCACCUCCACCUCACCUCUUGCUCCUCACUGAAGAAUAAAGGGGAAAAAACAAGCUUUAUCAGAUUUGAGAUCUGAUUCAUUUCAACGGCUGCAAAACAAGUCCAGAAGAGAUCUCUCAUUGAAGGGUGCCUGCUUCCUGCAAGACACAUCCAUAGGUGUGUGUGUUUGAUAUCCUAGUUCAUUCCUUAUGCGAGAGGGCAAGCCUGCCGAGGAUGGGGGACAUUUCUCUUCCAUGUUUUGGUGCCCAGUAAUGGUGAUUUAUUAUUCUGAUCUGCUCCUAUUUUUCAUCUUGCUUCCUCUGUCAACCCACCAGAAUGACAUUACACCUGGACUGGCCCACUGAGACUUCUUCACCUUAAGAACUUGGCGGAAUGUGUCAGGGGGUUGCCCUUGUCUGCAUGUGCUGCAGAUGGCUCAUCCAGCCCAUGUUCCAGCCCUCAAGAAGACCUUUCUUACUGCUGAGUGGAUAAUUGAUUGGAAGGCAGCAAGACUGGAAACCAGAAGAUAAGGAGCAUUUUUUAGAACCGCAGGUGGGACAAAUCCUUGGGAUAUCUUUGCAUAUACCGCACCCAGGAUAUGGAUUGUGCAUUUGCUCAUUCAAGUCAGGCUCUUUAUAAGGCAUAGAGGUCAGGACUGGGAUGGAAGAGCCAGCUCCAGUGGAAGGCCAGACCCAGCUCCCAAGCUCCUACCAGGGCUCACUGAGGAAGGCUGUGGCUGCUGCCUUGGCCCUGGAUGGGGAAUCUACAAUGGGUCGCAGGAAAAAGAAGAAGAAAGAAUCCCGCCCAGAAUCCAUCAUCGUCUACCGCUCAGACAAUGAGAAAACGGACGAGGAGCCUGGGGAAUUGGAAGGUGGAGAGCAGCCUAAAGAGGAGGAAGGAGAUGAUUUCCUAGACUAUCCUAUGGAUGAUGGAAUGUGGAACAUGCCUUUAGAUAGCCGCUAUGUGACAUUAACUGGGACCAUCACACGCGGGAAGAAAAAGGGUCAGAUGGUGGACAUCCAUGUCACAUUGACAGAGAAGGAGCUGCAGGAACUGACCAAGCCUAAAGAGUUGUCAAGGGAAGCAACAUCGGAAGGAAGAGAGGCCUGCCAGGUGGGAGCCGACCGUGGGCCCCAUGUGGUCCUCUGGACACUGGUCUGCCUGCCCGUGGUUUUCGUCCUCUCUUUCGUUGUCUCUUUCUACUAUGGCACUAUCACCUGGUACAACAUCUUCCUCGUGUACAACGAGGAGAGGACCUUCUGGCACAAGAUCUCAUGUUGCCCCUGCCUCAUUCUCUUCUAUCCAGUGCUCAUCAUGGCCAUGGCCUCUGCCCUGGGCCUCUAUGCUGCCGUGGUCCAGCUCUCGUGGUCCUGGGGAGCAUGGUGGCAGGCUGCCCGGGACAUGGAGAAGGGCUUCUGUGGCUGGCUCUGCAGCAAGCUGGGGCUGGAGGACUGUUCUCCCUACAGCAUUGUGGAGCUGCUUGAAUCUGACAAUAUCUCAGCCACCCUUUCCAACAAGGACCCCACCCAGGAAAUAGAAACCUCCACUGUCUAAACUCCCAACAACUGACUUCCUUCUCUGGCCCCAGCAGCCAAUAUAUCAUCUUAUAAUUCCACCAGAUUCUUUCCUUAAAUUACCCCCUCCCCACCACAGUUCUUCGGCAAAAUCUUAGCCCAUACUGAUCUGUCCUGCCAUCUUGAUGGUUCCUGGAGGGCAGGGGACACAAAUGGCAGUUUGUGCUAAACCAGUCCAUCCAAUGGACAAACUCUUCUUGAUUCUCUGCCCUAAAAUGACCAGUUUUCAGGGACAAGGAGCUCCACUGUGUAUCAGUUUGCGAGCCUGACGAUGUUUCUGGUGCCUGGACCCCAGGGGAGUGCGUGACUUAUUGUGACAGGGAGAAUAAGAGGCGCAGGAGUGACCAAGUCCACCAGGAGGACCGAGUGAAACAUUUAGGAAGCUGGGGUGCCACAGUGUAGCAGAAAGUAAAGAUUGGUGUGUAUCAUUUAGAGUUAGAUUUAGUUGUAUAUAUAAUUAAACCCCUAAAAUAUCAGUGGUUUAAACAAGAUAGAAGGGUACUUCUUUCUUGUAUAGAAGAAGCCUGGAGAUAGAUCAUCCUGGGACCCUAUGAAGUUCUCCAGGGCCCUGGCUUCUUCUAUUCCUCUGCCAUUAACAGUAUGUGACCUGCAUUGCCUUUAGCCUCAGUCCUGGUGCUGAACUACAUCUCCAGCCAUUGCACCCAUGUUUCUGGCAAAACAGAGGAAGGGGCAAAGAAGCGCACACCCUUCCUGUUUAAGGAGACUUCUAGGAAGUCCCACUCAACCCUUCUAAUUUCUCAUUGGCCAGACCUCAGUCACAUGACCUCAUGAGCAAAAAAAGCCUAGGAAAUGUAGUUGUUUGGCUGGAUAGCUAUAUUCUCACCUAAAUAUUGGGGUUAUGCUAAUUGGAGAGAAAAGGGAAGAAUGGCUAUUUUGGUAGACAAGUAAGAAUCUCUCCCUCACAAUAAUUAUUUAAAUACAUUCGGAAUCCCAAACUGCUAAUAUAGUUUUAUUUAUCUAUUUGUUCAUUUAUUUGCUUAUUUAGGCCUGAAUUUUACACAUAAGAUUUAUAUAUAGAUAUUAGCUACAUAUACUACGUAUGUGAUAUAUAUGGGUAUUAGCACCUCUCAUACUUUGCAAUUAAAUUUCUGUAAUAUCACAUGGUUUUAGAUUUUUUUGGAAAUGAGUAGUGGGAAGGAGAGAACAAUUAGAUAAUAGUAGCAUAACUCUCUCCUGGUGGUGGAUGUGGAGACAGGGGUGGUGCUAUUCAAUCUAAUCUAUAGAUUAAAGACUGGAAAGAGAGAGAUUGCAUUUGCCAAAUGUUUCCCCAACAGGGAUCAGUAGCCCUAAGCACAAAGAAGUCUUCUGUUAUUUGGCAAAACCUCACUCAGAGCUUUACUCACUCACUUUCUAGAGUUUAACAAACAUGGUCUUUACUGUGCUGAGAUACCUGUGUCUUCCUGGCCACUAGGGGGUGUAAACCAGAUUCAUCCAGAUGAAUAGAUUCUGAAUUUAAAAAACAAAAAUCAUUUCUAGCAUUUCAAAACAUCAAAUGCUAAAAGGUCAGCAGAUUUUGAAGAAUAUCUGGUGCUUUUUUCUUGUUCAUGUCUCAGAAAGAACUGUUGAAAGAACUGCUGUGAACCAACCAGAGGGGUUGGCCAUGCUCACCCACAGAAAGCUGGGGACAUUUGCCUAAUGUAUGGUGCUGAACUCCACCUUCAGAAGAACUCUUUUUUUUUGGGGGGGGGGGACUAUUAAUAGAUUGGUAAGAAAAAAAUAUGCCCAGUAUUUUUAAAGAUUACUUUGGUGCUCUCUGGUGCAUUUGCAGAGAUAUGAAUAAUUGAAAUGAAGACAAAGAAAAUAAAAAUAAAAGCUGAUUAAAAUUUGCUCACUUUGUCUUUGAGGCUCUCUAAAAUUUCUUUGAAUUCUACAGCUUGCAGAAAAAGGGUGAGCAUGGUGGCUGUCCUCUCUCUCUAUAUAUAAUGAUCUUAAUAUGAAUCCUUAUGUUUUGACUCUUUCCACACACCACUAAUUUAUGGGGAUUCUAUUUAGGUGGAGUAUUUCCACAAACCACAUUAGAAACUUGUGACCACUUGUGCCACAUUUUUCUGGGGUUGGGGAAACCAAUGACCAAUGCUAAAGAGUCAUGAUUAGGACAAGGGUGAGGUGGCCAUUGUGCAGUGGAGUGAGACAAUGCCCAAGGGAUCCUAGAUAAAGUUGACAUGGCCUUCACCCUAGUUGGGCUCAUCACCUAGUAAAGAAAUAGGCUUGUAAACUAAAAUUAUUUCAAAAGGCCUCUAUAGAGGUAUGUAAAAGCCUGGACUAGAACCAAAUAGAACUAAAGCAGUCUCAUCUUUGCUCUCAGAAAGCAACUAGAGAACAUUAAAGGAGAAACUAGAGGGUUAAAUACCAUAUUUGAACAAUUCUUUUAGCUCAUAGUCAUCUAAUCUUCAUGCUGAAUAUCAAAAAGGAGGACUCUAUUUUCCAGUUGCUUGGCAGCCAUAAUGUGCUCAGCUGGAUAAACCGUAUUGGCUCAGUGUGGUGAUGCUACUGUUUCUAAGUCACUUUGUCUAUUGGCAUUAGG